AUGGAAGAGGAGGAGUCAGAGGAAGAAGAGGAUGAGCUCCCCAUGUACCAAGAGCAUUAUGAUGCUCUCUUCUCCAUGGACUUUGUGGAGACCAAGUACCCACAUGAUGACACAAUGAAGGCUCUUGGGAUCUUUGAGAUGUGGAGCUGGUCCUCAAGAACAUGCGCUGGCCAAGUUCUUCUCUUACCGCUUGGAGUCAUACAAGGAGCUCACUUGUCUAAGGCAGCUCAAAUCAGGAGCCCAGUGUUGAGAUAUGUGCACAAGGCUCUCGCCAACACCUUCUUUGCAAGGAAGGCGACUGGGACAAUAAAUGAGGGAGAAGUGAAGCUCCUUGACAUGGGAAUCAAGCCCAUCAUCUCACGCACCAAGGAUGGGAAGAAGAUCAGGGGAGAUAGAAUCCAUGCAGGGAACUCAUGCCUCUCAUUGACCAGCUACUCUCCUACAAGACACCGCCUAUAG